AUGAUACGACAUUUAAUAAGGGGAACUGGAUUGUUUUCUGUUAACUUUAAAAGAAAUAAAUUGUUGGUUCAGAAAAGUUCGAAGGCGAAAAAAAAAGAAAAGUCUGCGGGAGAAAAACAAGCUUUAAGUGAACUUAAUCCAUGGCCUAAUUACAUUGAAGAAAGAAAUGUUUUGUGGAAUAAAUUAAAGACAGCAUAUGAAGCUGAAAUUGCAUCCAAAACAUCAAAUCCCAUUAAAAUUACUCUUCCCGAUGGGAAAAUUGUGGAAGGAGAAAGCUGGAAAACAAGUCCUUACGACAUUGCUAAAGGCAUCAGUCAAGGCCUUGCUGAUAAUACAGUGAUUGCUAAAGUGAAUGGUGUCCUGUGGGAUUUGGAAAGACCAUUAGAAUCAGAUUGUAAAUUACAACUUCUUAAAUUUGAUGAUGAAGAAGCUCAACAAGUAUUUUGGCAUUCAACUGCUCAUAUCUUGGGUGAAGCUUUAGAAAGGUUGUAUGGUGGACAUUUGUGUUAUGGACCACCAAUCGAAAAUGGAUUUUAUUAUGAUAUGUUCACUCCUGAUUCACAAGUAUCAAACACAGAUUUUCCUAGUAUAGAAAGUUUAAUGAAGAAAAUUGUUAAGGAAAAACAACCAUUUGAAAGAUUAGAAAUGAAAAAAGAAGAUUUGUUAGAAAUGUUUAAAUACAAUCAUUUUAAAGUUAGAAUAUUAAAUGAAAAAAUUAAUACACCCACGACUACUGUAUAUAAAUGUGGCUCUUUAAUUGAUCUUUGCCGUGGACCCCACGUGCGAAACACGGGAAAAAUAAAAGCAUUUAAAAUUACCAAAAACUCGUCUGCUUACUGGGAGGGAAAUUCAGAAGCCGAAUCCUUACAAAGAGUUUAUGGAAUUUCAUUUCCUGAUCCAAAACAGCUUAAAGAGUGGGAAAGAAUUCAAGAAGAAGCAGCUAAAAGAGAUCAUAGAAAAUUAGGACGAGAACAAGAAUUAUAUUUCUUUCACGAACUUAGUCCUGGUUCAUGUUUUUUCUAUCCGAAAGGAGCAUUCAUUUACAAUACAUUAGUUGAAUUUAUCAGGUCAGAAUAUAGGAAAAGAGGAUUUCAAGAAGUUAUAACUCCGAAUAUAUACAACGUUAAACUUUGGGAAACUUCCGGUCACUGGCAACAUUAUGCCGAAAACAUGUUUUCAUUUGAACUUGAAAAAGAAACUUACGCUCUCAAACCAAUGAACUGUCCUGGACAUUGCUUAAUUUUCGAUAACCGAAAUCGAUCUUGGAGAGAGUUACCAUUGCGAAUGGCUGAUUUUGGAGUUCUUCACAGAAAUGAAUUUUCAGGUGCUUUAAGCGGUUUGACUCGUGUUCGCCGUUUUCAACAAGAUGAUGCUCACAUAUUUUGCACGGUAAAUCAAAUCAAAAGCGAAAUAUCCGGUGCUCUUGAAUUUUUAAAAAAUGUCUACGGUGUUUUCGGAUUUACAUUUCAACUUCGUUUAUCUACAAGACCGGAAAAAUAUUUAGGAGAAAUUAACGUUUGGGAUCAAGCUGAAAAGCAACUUACUGAAAGUUUAGAUGAAUUUGGUUUCCCAUGGAAAUUAAAUCCCGGAGACGGAGCUUUUUACGGUCCUAAAAUUGAUAUAACUAUUUUGGAUGCUUUAAAAAGAGCUCAUCAAUGUGCAACAAUACAAUUAGAUUUUCAAUUACCGAUAAGAUUUAAUUUAAAUUAUAUUGGUGAAAGUGGAGACAAAAUUAGACCAGUUAUUAUUCAUCGUGCUAUUUUGGGUUCCGUAGAAAGAAUGAUAGCCAUUUUGACGGAAUCUUACGGUGGAAAAUGGCCAUUUUGGCUUUCUCCUCGACAAUCUAUUGUUAUUCCUGUUGGGCUACCCUUUUAUGAAUAUGCUAAAAAAGUCAAAGAUGAUAUUUUUAAUGCUGGAUUCAGUUGCGAUUUCGACGAUGACGAGGGUGAUACUAUGAACAAAAAAAUUAGAAAUGCUCAACUCGCACAGUAUAAUUUCAUAUUCGUCGUCGGUGAAAAAGAAAAAAAUGCCGGAACGGUUAACGUAAGAACUCGAGAUAAUAUUGUUCACGGAGAGUUUUCAGUCGGUGACGUCAUUAAAAAAUUUCAAGAAUUAAAAGAAAAAAGAAUUUUAGCCAGUGAAGAUACUUUUUAA